AUGGAUUCAUUAUUACCGACUACUGCACGUGCAUCGAUUCAAAAAGCCAUUGAUAUUAUUCAAAAGACAUCUGCCUAUCCAGUAUUGCACGAAUUUUAUCAACGAUCCAGCCGUAACGAGUUGCUUGUGAUUGGCGGUGCCACGUUCCUGACACUCUACAACCUUAUCAGCUAUGUGAACUCCAAACGUCAAAAGUUGCACUUGCCUCCUCGUGUCGCUUAUGGCUUGCCAUUGGUUGGUCACUUGCCUUACAUCUUGUAUGACGGCAGUCGUUUCCUUGAUUGGUGUGCCGACAAGUAUGGCGAAGUGUUUGAUCUCAGUCUUCCUGGAGGUGUCGUGACAGUGGCCAGUGGUCGUUCAGCUGAAGAAACCCUCAAGGCUGCACCUGAAGACUUGUCCCUUGAGAAGGGUGUAUUGGAAGAUACCUUGUUUAUGCAUUAUGUGAUUGAUCCCAUGACCUUUGAAGUGGGUUUCCAAGUGAAUCCAAGUGUAGCCAAGGAUGUGGUGCCUGCAUCCAUGAUGCCAAAGUAUACAGCUGGUAUUUUGCGUGGUUUGGAUCGUGCUAUCGAGGAACGUAUGGGUGGCAAGGAUCGCGUGGUGGUUGACAAGCCAAGUCAGUUUUUGCAACGCUUUGUUGGUUACAUGAGUGUCCCUACCUUGUUGGGUGAAGAAUUGGAGACCAAUCGUCAAGUCAUUCAAUCGUUUGCCGAAUUCACGGGCGAUGUCACUAGCAACGUGGGUGUCUUUCUUACGGUGCCCAACUUUUUGCAUCGCUUCAUUUUGCCCUACUUGCAACGUGUCCACCACCAUCGUCAAGUCAUGCGUGAUCAUGUGAUGCCUGUUGUCCGUGCUCGUCGUCAAAAGAUGCGUGAAGCUGAAGCACGUGGUGAACCCCACAAUUUACCAAAGAACUUUUUGCAAGGCUUGGCAGAGUAUAAAAAGCCUGAUGGAUCCCAAUACGCCGAUGAAGAAGUAGCCCGUGCCGUUUUGUUGAUUGCCUUUGCUGCUGUGCAUACCACUUCCAUGAACUUGAGCUUCUGCUUGCAUUGGUUGAUGGCACGUCCUGAUUUGAAGGCCGCUUUGGAUAAGGAGAUUCAGCAAGUGUUUGGUGAUGGUCCUAUUACCGAUGAAGGUCUCAAGCAAAUGACGUUCUUGGAUCAAUUUGUUCGUGAAUCUUUGCGUCAAAGUGUCGACAAGUUGGCCAAUGCCAAAAAGGUCCUUCCUGAACAAGGUUACACCUUCAACAAUGGCUAUCAAGUCCCUCAAUAUCGUGUUGUCCAAUCCAUGAACCGACGACUCAAUUUGGGUCUCAAUGUCAACCGUGAAGAUAUCCAAGACAUGGAUCCCAACGCAUCCGGCACCAAGCUCUCCACACAACCUGCUCGUGAUUUCGUCACCUUUGGAUUAGGCCGUCAUUUGUGCCCUGGUCGUUUCUUUGCUGUGCAUGAAAUCAAGCUUUCUCUCAUCACCCUUUUGCGUAACUAUGAGAUCAACACCCUUAGUGGCAAACCUCCUAAGCCUGUGCACUAUCUUAUGGGCUAUGUUGCCGUCAAUAGUGAAGAACCUAUCGUGUUCACCAAAAAGAACCACCAUUAG